AAACGGCCCCUUAAGGUUAAGGUAGAAAAAGGGAACAAUUUCCAUGGGAUGAUAACAAGACACUGAUCUGUUGCUUAAGGACCAAGGUUGAAAGUUGGGGAAAAAAAAGAAGAGAAAGUGGAAAGUGGAAACGAUAGAUCAUUGUAGUACCCGGAACAUGAGUUGGCGGUAGGUGGAAAAGUAGCAAGCAAUUGUGUCUCCGGCGGGGCGGAUCCGGUUCAAAAUUUCCCUACAACUAGUAAUGCGAUAAGUGAGCCUAAGGCAGUGGUGGACUCGUCGGAAAGAGAUUCAUAAUGCAGAAGUGGUUUUCAGCGGGGGGCGGCGGCGGGGAAGAUCGAUAUGUUGAGCAACAACAAACUUCUUCUUCAACUCCUUCUUUGCUGGCUGAUUGGAAUUCGUACGCAUCCGCUAAAUCAUCGGAAGAGAGCGCCAGCACUGCGUUCAUCGGCAGCUUCGAUCUCGAAUCCGCCGUUCGUUCUGCUAACGACACCGUUUCUGGCACUUUUAACGUGGUUUCCAAAGGAGUGAGAGACAUUCCAGGGAAUUUUCAGUCUGCCACUAGCAACAUACCUUCUGGAAAAGCCCUCAUGUAUUUUGGCCUAUUCAUGGCGACUGGAGUCUUCUUCAUUUUCAUGGCAUUUACUUUGUUCCUCCCAGUGAUAGUAUUGGUGCCCCAGAAAUUUGCCAUUUGCUUUGCUCUUGGAUGUUCCUUUAUUAUUGGGUCGUUCUUUGCACUUAGGGGUCCAAAGAAUCAGUUUGCUCAUAUGUUCUCAAUGGAGAGGCUUCCUUUUACAGUAGGAUUCAUAGGCAGCAUGGUGGGCACACUCUAUGUUUCCAUGGCACUCCAUAGCUAUAUCCUUUCAGUGCUCUUUUCUGUGCUUCAGGUUCUGGCAUUAGCAUAUUAUGCAGUUUCUUACUUUCCCGGUGGCUCUGCUGGCUUGAAAUUUCUCUCAUCUUCUAUGAUUUCUUCAGUGAUGAAAUGCUUUGGCAGGUGAAAUGCUUUAGCAUGUGUAAAAUUUCUGCAGAUUUUACGCUUUAUAUCUUUCUAUACGACUGUUCAAUAGUAUACAUUCUAUAGUUGUAGACCUAUAUUGUAAGCGAUGGUGGACAAUUUUGACAAGUUAAGUUCAGUUUCUCCUUGAAGCCUCAUCGGAUUUGUGCCGCGUGUUUACUACUCAAUUGUAUUCUAUGACAACAAUUUAUAUAUCCUGUAUUGUUCUUGAAGUUUGUCGAA